AAGCAACACGGAAACGGUUGUCAUUAUAGGAUCUUGUACAACAUCAAUGUUUUUUUCCUAUGAAGUCAAACGAACUUUGAUUUUAGACAGUUCUUUCACGUACAAUAAUGAGUGUAGAUUCGAUAGUGAUCGUUUCUGCUGUAAGAACUCCAGUUGGUUCAUUCACUGGUGCCUUAUCUAGCUUUCCUGCCCAUGAACUUGGAUCUGCUGUCAUUAAAGAAGCACUGAAGAGGGCUGGAAUCGGUGCAGAAGUGGUAUCUGAGGUUAUUCUGGGACAUGUGCUCACUGCAGGUGAAGGCCAGAAUCCUGCUCGACAGGCUAGUGUUGGUGCUGGGAUUCCAUAUGCCAUACCAGCAUGGAGUUGUCAGAUGUUAUGUGGCUCAGGGCUAAAGGCUGUGUGCUUAGGAGCACAGUCAAUCCUAUCUGGAGAGUCCAAUAUUAUUGUAGCUGGUGGAAUGGAAUGCAUGAGCAGGGCUCCUCAUAUACUACACAUGCGUUCUGGGCUGAAAAUGGGAGAUGCUUGUCUUCAAGACAGUAUGCUCUGUGAUGGUCUUCUUGAUGCAUUUCACAAUGGUCACAUGGGCAUGACAGCGGAAAAUGUGGCAAAACAAUGGAAUGUUACUCGUGAACAACAAGACCAGUUUGCAUUGCAGUCCCAGAACAGAACUGAAAUUGCUCAAAAGAAAGGGUAUUUUGAUAAAGAAAUUGUACCCAUCUCUGUGCCAUCUAGAAAUGGUGUCAUUGAAGUCAAAGCUGAUGAGUAUCCUCGCCAUGGUUGUAAUCUGGCAGCACUGUCAAAGUUAAAACCUGCCUUCUUAAAAGAUGGAACUGGUACAGUAACUGCUGGAAAUGCCUCAGGUAUUAACGAUGGUGCUGCAGCUGUAGUUCUGAUGAAGAAAUCAGAAGCAGAGAGGCGUGGUCUUGUUCCCUUAGCAAAGAUUGUAUCCUGGGCAAGUGUUGGAAUAGAUCCUUCUAUAAUGGGAACUGGGCCAAUAUCAGCAAUAAAGGCAGUGAUUGCAAAAGCUAGCUGGACCCUAGAGCAGGUUGAUUUGUUUGAAAUCAAUGAAGCCUUUGCAGCACAGUCGAUAGCAGUAACAAGAGAACUGGGCUUGAAUCUUGAAAAGGUCAACAUCCAAGGUGGAGCAAUUGCCCUUGGUCACCCACUUGGAAUGUCUGGAUGUCGUAUUCUAGUCACACUUGUACAUGCCUUGGAAAGAACCAACGGGAAGCGUGGAGUAGCAGCGCUCUGUAUAGGUGGUGGAAUGGGCAUUGCAAUGUGCAUAGAAAGACUAUAAAAAAAACAGACUGAUUACAUGUUUCAGCACUUAAAAAGGAGAUGACUCUUCUACCUGAGCUUAUUUAGCGUUCAUUUUAUUGAGAUGACAGUCUAAAUUAUGGAUUUUUUUUUUUUAAGAAUUACUAAAUUAAACUGAUUCAGUGGGCAGUGCAUUAAAUUAAAAUCAUUUUCUGACAAUUUUAACAAUUUCUCCAUUGGGCUGCACUAAAUGGAAUAAAAUUAUUUAUUUUUCA